CCGAGCUCCGCGCCCCGUUCCGGGCCGUUCCGGGCCGUUCCGGGCCGUGCCCGCCGCAUGCCGGGCCCGAGGGCGCUGCUGGGGCUCGGGCUGCUCGUGGCAGCGGCGCGGGCGGGCGGGCGGUGCCGGGGCUGGGGUUGGGGCCGGGGUUGGGGUCAGGGCCGGGAGUGGGGCCGGUGCCCCCCCAGCCGCGCCAUGCACGGGCCCAGCGGGGGGCCCGGCCCGAAGGGGCUCCGCUUCCUGGGGCAGGAGGAGGCCCAGGCCAUCGACCAGGAGCUCUUCACUGAGUACAAGUUCAGCGUGGACCAGCUGAUGGAGCUGGCAGGGCUGAGCUGUGCCACUGCCAUUGCCAAGGCCUACCCACCCAGCUCCUUCACGACGAGCCAGCCCGCUGUGCUUGUGAUCUGCGGGCCAGGGAACAACGGCGGCGAUGGGCUGGUCUGUGCCCGGCACCUGAAGAUGUUUGGCUACCUGCCCACCGUGUAUUACCCCAAGCGCCCCAGCAAGCCCCUCUUUGAAGGUUUGAUCACCCAGUGCGAGAAGAUGGACAUCCCCUUCCUCCCAGAAUUCCCAACUGAGGCUGCAUUCAUUGACGAGCUCUACGGCCUGGUGGUGGAUGCGAUUUUUGGAUUCAGCUUCAAGGGAGCGGUGCGGGAGCCCUUCGGCAGCAUCCUCAGCACCCUGGAGCGUGUCACGGUGCCCAUCGCCAGCAUCGACAUCCCCUCGGGCUGGGACGUGGAGAAGGGAAAGGCAGACGGCCUCCAGCCCGACAUGCUCAUCUCGCUGACGGCGCCCAAGAAGGCGGCGACGCACUUUGCUGGGCGGUACCACUUCCUCGGGGGCAGGUUUGUGCCACCUGCGCUGCAGGAGAAAUACGCUCUAAACCUGCCAGCAUACCCUGGCACGGACUGUGUCCUGCAGCUCACAUAGGGCUGGGGCCACAGGGGCUGGGGCCACAGGGGCUGGGCUCGGCUUCAGUACUGCACAUCAGGGCCCAAUUCUGCCCAAGCCUCUGCUGGGAGGGUGCUCAGCACCUUGCUGGGCUUCAGCCCAACCCAGCAGGAUCAAAGGUCACUGCAGACCAAAGGCCCAGGAGGUGGGAGUGAUGGGGGGCUGCUGGGGGGGGCUCUGUUUGGGGUUGCUGCCUGAUCCAAGUGAUCUCUCGCACCACUCACACUUCAGGGUGGUCUCACUGCAAUAAAGAUUUAUUUGUGCCCUUGAAAAAAUACUUCAAUA